AUGGAUCUGCCUUACUAUCAUGGCCGCCUGACCAACCAAGAGUCAGAACUGCUCCUCAAGGGAGGGGUGGAUGGCAACUUUCUGAUAAGAGACAGCGAGUCUGUGCCAGGAGCCCUGUGCCUCUGUGUCUUGUUUAAAAAGAUUGUCUACAACUAUCGAAUCUUCAGAGAGAAACAUGGAUAUUACACUAUGCAGACUGAGCCGGGUACUCCAAAAGCAGUCUUUCGAAACCUAGAGGAAUUAAUCUCCACAUUUAAAGCACCAGGUCAAGGACUGGUGGUUCAUCUUUCAAACCCAAUAAUGAAAAGGAACUUCUGCCCAAGAGGGAGAAGACUGAAGUUACAGCUGAAUGUUUAUGAGAACACAGAUGAGGAGUAUGUGGACGUCUUGCCUUGA